UCGUUUGGCCAGUCAUUUUUUAUCGCGUGAUUGAGAAUCUUUCUCUGGCCAGCUCUUCCAACAACAGUUCCACUGUAUUUUGCCCAGUGUCCUGGAUUAUUUUGCAACAUUUCCUGGACGAGGUGAUCCAUCACAGCUCGGGUGACGAAAUCUAAAAAAAGAAGUUGUUGCCGGCCAGGUUUUCACAGUUCUCAAAAAAAAAAACAAGUUCAAUUGGUGUUUUAAAACUAAAAAUACAAAAAUAAAAACAUCAAAUAGGAAAUGUCUGGUGACAGCAACGGUAAAAAACCUGAUGGGAAAGUGCGUGCCAAAAUUCCGUCGGUUUUGCUGGCCCUGACGGGCAUCGCAGUUGUCGCCAUUCAGACAUACGUUUUCAUCAGCUUUGACCAAUUUAAAGACUCUUACGGUCCGUUCAUUCUCUACAAUGGAGUGGCCAUCGCCAGCGGGGCCGUCAGUUGCCUGACGGGCUUCAUUUGCUUCUGCUGCACAUCUUCCCAACGAUCCUCUUCCGGGUUUUGCUUCAGCGCCUUGGUGGGCGUUUUGGCCGCUAUCUGCUCGGCCGGAUCGGCCGCCAUGACGGCCAUCGAAUCGUCCAAAAUCAAUUCUAAUGAUAUCGAUCAUCCCUGCGCUCAAUUAGACAACGAUCAAACCAUCAACUGCGAAUUGUGGUUCGAUUUGGAAGUGGCCGUCGCGGCGCUCAGCGUCUUGUCUUUCAUUUUAUCAGUCACGUUAUUUAUCGUCAUCAUGGCCGGCUCGUCAAAGUCCAAAAAGAAAAUGGAACGAUCGAAUGUCGAACGGCCGGUGGAGAUGGUCCGCGAGAUGGAACACAUUCCGGCCGCCCAGCCGGUGGUCAUCAUGCCGGUGAUAGUCGAAGAAGUCUACAAAGAAAUGGAAGUCGUCGAGCCGGAACCGGAACCGGAAGAGUCGGAAGAUUCUGAGCCGGAGCCGAACACGAUCGCCGGACGACAGCCGUACAUCGAGCAACUGAGAAUGCUGUCCAGGGAGGAGCUGGAACGUCGACUGGGCGAACACAUGCAGCACCAGUUCCUGGAGGAACUCCGCACCGAAUUGAACCGCCGCAAUUUAAUUCCCAUCAACGGCCGAUCCGGCAGCAGCAGCAGCUCCAUCAGGAGCGCCAGCAAAGUUCCAGUAGCCCCUCGACCCGAUUACUACCAAGAAGAGACUUUAUAAGGAAUAAUUUUUAUGCAAAUUUUUUCCUUUUUCCCAAUUUUAAAAAUUCCCUCCACUUCGAAUAAACGUCGAUUACAUAAUAGA